AUGUAUGUGAUUACCCACGAGUUAUCUUACGAAUUCAAGAAGAAAAGGUUCCCAGGUUCGCUCAAGUUGGAGCAUUGGGAAUUCAUGUAUGGAAUUCUCUACACAUCCAUUGUCUACUUCAUCUGGCAAUUGACAUACCACUAUUUCAUUACAAUCAGAAGAGCUGACAAGAUUAAGAACGGUCAAGUGACAUCUUUUGAAUAUCUUCGAAAGGCAUUUGCAAACAAACCUAUCGGAAAGUUUGUGAACUCACUGCCCGAACCUCUUCCGGUGGUAGCUUUCACCCUUAUUCAGUACGGGUACCAGUUGACCACAAUGAGUCUCUGCCCGCUAUUUUUCCAGUACAAAUACGCAGCUUCCGUUUUUGUUUCGCUCAUCUUCUUGACAGCAAGUUAUAACGGAGCCACAUAUUACGUGGACUUUUACGGUAAGAAAUUCCAGAAGGAGAUUGCGAGAUUACAGGACGGAUUGAAUAAGCUGCAGAAUAAACUGACAUCAGUGGAGUCCUCAGAGGACUUAACAGCAAAUUAUUUGGAUAUCGGAAAUAAGUAA